AUGAAAAGAGAAAUAGAGAUUCUUAAGAACGAAAAUGCCACGAAGACGACGGAGUUGCAUAAGCUAGAAUACGAAACAUCAAAGACUAUUAGUGAUCUUAAAGAUGACAUCGCAAAGUUACAACAAGAAAAGUCUGCAUUGUCAUCGGAACUAUCAAAGGAAUCAGAAAAAGAUCACCAUUUGUAUGAGUUAAGAUGUAAAAAAUCGAGUGUAACAAAAACACUUGAAGAUCAUCUAACAAGGUUGAGGAGAGAGAACUGCACUUUGACUGCAAGACUAUCAAAGGCUUACGAAAAGGAUGACCAGUUGAUUGAACUAAGAGAAAAAGUCCAACUUUUAGAGAAUCAGUUGAAAAAUGUAACUGAGGCAGCAACGGCGUCUGUGGACAGCAAAGAGAAGGAAAUGGAGGAAGAUUACCGCAUCAUAAAGAAGCAAGAUGAAACGAUCAAAAAUUUAAUCGAAGAGAUAACGCAGGAAAGAUGUGACAAGGACCGCCUCGAACAGCAGUCUAGAAGAAUAAGAGAACUUGAGACUCAAUUAAAAAAAAUGGAAGACAUGAAAAGAAACACGAAUCGCUCAGUGGAUGCCUUGGUGCUUGAGGUGAAACAGGAAAGGUCAGAAAAAGAGCGUCUGAAAAAAAGGGACAUGCAAGCAGAAAAAGUUUGUUCUUGUAGAGAGAAAGAGCUUGAAAAGAGAAUUGAACUUCUUGAGGAUCAGUUACGUGCAGAAGAUGAGCUGACAAACGCCACUCUUAUGUCUCUAAACAAAAAAGAAAGUUCGUUACAGGAAGCUACUGCCACUAUCGAUAUGCUCACAAACGAACUGGAACGGGAGAAGUCGGAAAAAGAAACUCUGAGAAAGGCUGUCGAAGUGUCUGAGUGUAACUCUCAUAACGACAAAAGAUUGACUGAGGACAUUGAAACACUUCUGAAGCGAUUAGCAGAGAUGAGUGACCUACGAGAGAAGACUCUUAUAUCUCUUAGAGAGAAAGAAUGGUCAUUGCAGGAGGCUCAUAAUGAGAUCAGUGAGUUAACUCAACAAAUAGCACACAAAAAGUCGCACAAAAAGUUUUUCAAGAGGAAGGCUAAGGCUAAAACGGGUGAAGCUUAUCGACUGAAUCUCAUUCAAAAAGGAACAAAAAGAUAUACACAGGAGAGGGGUUCGUUAAUAACAGGCGUGGGAAAACGGCUGAAGAAUCUGGUACAAAGACCAAGAGGAGUGUCCGCAUCGAGCCUGGUAAUGAAAAAGAAGGAAGCCCAUGCAGAGCGUGUGUUAGACAAAUUGAGGGAAGAUUUGAAUGAAAGAGGAGAAGUCAUUCAAGACUUAAGGAGUAAUUUCAAAGACAGUGCUAGGGAAUUGUCGUCCAUGCGACGUCAGCUUAAAGAUAUUCAAUGCCAAAAUGCCCAGCUCAUACAAUGUCUUGGACACAAGGAGGAGGAUCUUCAAAAGACAAUAACCAGCUUUCGAAGUACCCUUUCUUCUUCUUGGCAGUGUUUCUCCAUUUCGAACGUUACAACAGCGUUUUCGAACUGCUCUGUAGAAAUGUCUCCAAAUAAACGACUACAUGAUACAGCGCGCAGUCCAUUUUAUGACUGUAUUGCAAAGCACCCAAGGAUUUGUUUCCCAUCGAAUGACGAGCCUUUGAUAGGUUCAAUACUUUUAGAUUGGACGAACAUCACUUUGAAACACGAGGAGAUCGACAUUUUAACUGCGCUGUUCAGCAGGACUGAGUUACUGAAAGAUGGGCACGAAAGGAAGUCCUCUGAGUCAUCACGUGAGGAAAGCACCUCUAACACCCUGAAAGCCAGGAGACAAAUGGAUGCGUACAAAAUAACAUUUUUGGAAGACGAGUGGAAUGUGGCAGGCAGUAAUCAGGGAGACACUGAAAAUAAAUGGUUCAAUACUUUUAGAUUGGACGAACAUCAGUUUGAGACACGGAGAGAUCGACAUUUUAACUGCGCUGGUACUAUCGCUAAGGUUGACCAUACUAUGCAGAACUUCUCAACACACGGAUCACCUAAUUCAGUUUCGAUGCUUCUGUGCAAUGGUUAA